UCACAUUCUAAAAGCAUGGCUAUUAAUAUGCUGCUAUACAGUGGUGCAAAAAACCGUCAUCUGCAACAAGCUGACAUGAACCUCAUUGAAGAUGGGUGGUUUAUUGACAAAAACCCGCUCUGGCCCGGGCAAGCGACAGCUAUCCAAGUGGAGGAGGUCCUUCAUAACAAGAAAUCCCAAUUUCAAGAUGUUUUGGCAUUCAAGAGUAAAUCCUAUGGGAAUGUCUUGGUGCUGGAUGGAGUGAUCCAGUGCACUGAGAGAGAUGAGUUUGCCUAUCAAGAGAUGAUUGCAAACCUUCCCUUGUGCAGCCACCCCUGCCCCAAGAAGGUGCUGGUUAUUGGGGGUGGAGAUGGCGGGGUGCUGAGGGAAGUGGUGAAGAAUCCACUGGUAGAAUCGGUGAUUCUGUGUGAGAUAGACGAGGAUGUCAUUAACGCAUCGAAGAAGUUCCUCCCAGGGAUGGCCAAAGGGUUUUUCAGUCCUAAGGUCAACCUCCAUAUUGGAGAUGGCUUUGAAUUCAUGAAGCAGAACCAGGAUGCCUUCGACAUCAUUAUAACCGAUUCCUCAGACCCUGUCGGACCGGCUGAGAGUUUGUUCAAGGAGUCGUACUAUCAACUGAUGAAGACAGCACUGAAAAACGACGGAAUUCUUUGUUCCCAGGGAGAGUGUCAUUGGCUACAUUUGGAGCUGAUAAAAGAGAUGCGAAACUUCUGCAAGACCCUAUUCCCUGUGGUGGACUAUGCCUACACAACCAUCCCAACGUAUCCCAGUGGCCAAAUUGGAUUCAUGCUCUGCAGUAAAAAUCCUGAAACAAAUUUCAAGGAACCUGUGAGAGCACUCUCAAAAGAAGAAAUGGAAAAUAUGAACCAUAAAUAUUACAACCCAGAAAUUCACAAAGCAUCAUUCGUUCUCCCUGAGUUUGCAAGAAAGGCACUCAGUGAAGCAUGACCAGCAACGGCAGACCACCAUGUUCAUCCUCUACCUGGCCCUCAGACCACAGAUAAACAACCUUGUUCUAUGGCUUCUUCACCUCCUCAACACAGUUCAGCACCACUGAAGAGUAGUAGCCUCCUAAGGAUUUCAUGGCUGGGGGCAUAAGAACUUGCCGAGUUAUACAGAGAAUGGGUUUAUUUCAUCUCAGUGUUUCCUUCCUUCCAGCCCUACAUGCUCUCACUGUUUGUUUAUUUUUCUGAAGUGUUUGGUUUUUAAUGUGCUGGGCUGAGUGGGAAGAGCACUGCCAUCAAACCUGAACCUCCUCACAGUAGAACCUAACAGUAUUGUUUAUUUAAUUUACCAGGGAACUGUAUUGUCUAUUUCAUUUACAAAUAGGCAUAGGUUUCCAUAUGUCAUGACUGUAUAUUCAGAAUACUAAUGUCUUUAAAAUAUGGAUUCAUUUUGCAAUCAUAGUGUAGUAAGCCAGCAUGCUGCAUCAUUACAUCGUCAAUCAGUUACUACAUAUUAGUUGUAAAUCCACAUUGAAUGUUGGUGGAGUUCGAGUGUCAUACCUGAGCAGUGAACAUAUGCUUCUUCAUUUGCACAAAACGACAAAUAUAUGCAGGACUACAUUUUAGUUAUUUUGUUCUGGUUUCAAAUUUUAAUAUCUUUUAAAGGUGUUAUUCCAAAGUUCUUAGGGAAUCCCUUAUGUUUGGUUCAAAAUUAUUUACAGCCACUACAGACAUCUAGUCAAGGACGUAGUCGUUUCAAAUCUUUAUUUCUGCAUAAAUAAUCACCUGAAUGAUUAUGAUCUUUAAUUAAAAGAAUAUACUUAUAUUAGAAUAAUUACUAUAGUAUUACUGAGAGACAUCACAGUGCAGUUAAUCCUAAAAUCCAACACAGAGCACUCUAUGAGCAGAAAUGGCCUUCAUAAGACUACUAAUUACAAAAUGGGGACAUCUAUUGCAAUCAUCUUAUUUGGUGAUAUGAAACACUGACAAAUUAAAUAAGAA